AUGGCGUCUCACGACAUCAUUCCUAGAGGCGAAGCCGACUUCGAUCUUUACCCUUACACGCCCUCAGCAGGCGCCGGCUACACGUUUCUCAUACUAUUCGCGAUCGGCGGGUUGACGCAUCUCAUCAUGCUCAUUCCAUUACGAAGUUGGUUCUUCAUUCCAUUCGUUCUGGGCUGCGUAGGCGAAGCAGCAGGCUACUACGGUCGCGCCUGGUCGUCAAAGAAUAUCCGACAAGGCAGCCCUUAUCUCCUUCAACUCAUGCUUAUCCUCGCGGCCGCACCACUUCUCGCAGCCACCAUCUACAUGACGCUCGGUCGUCUUGUUCGCGCUCUCGAUGCUACGCACCACGCUGUAAUGAGCCCGCGCUGGACUACGAAGAUAUACGUCAUCAUCGAUAUCGGAUCCUUCGUAUGUCAGAUCAUGGGGUCGGCGAUGCAAGCUUCCGGUGACCCAGACGGAGUGAAGACUGGAACCACCGUUGUCAUCGCAGGAUUGGGUACGCAAUUGGUUGCUUUCGGCUUCUUCAUCCUAAUGGCGGUGGUGUUUCAUCGGAGGUUGAAUAACGAGCCCACUAGCACGUCACGGCGAACACAUGUCAAGUGGCGCCGCUACAUGUGGGCUUUGUACAGUGUCAGUGUGCUUAUCGUUGUGCGGAGCAUUUUCCGGUUGGCGGAGUUUAUUGAAGGGCCAGAGAGCAAGGUGUAUCAGACAGAGGCGUACUUGUAUGUCUUCGAUGCGGCGCUCAUGUUCGCCGUGGUGGUUAUCAUGGCGGUCUUUCAUCCGGGGUUUCUGUUCAGAGUCGUCAGAAAAGCUGAGUUGAUGCCACUUAGUGAUGACGAGGGGAAUGGUAGCUAUUUACUACGCGGAGAUGGUCCAAGGUAG